GCUGCAUUUUGUCCUGAAUCGCCUUUUCACAUCUCCAUCUAUAAGCACCAUGGACAAGCGCACCAUUGGCGUAUUGGGAGGUGGCCAAUUGGGCCGUAUGCUCAUUGAGGCCGCCCACAGGUUGAAUCUGAAAGUGGUGGUUCUCGACGCUGAGAACUCCCCCGCCAAGCAAAUUAAUCACCCCCACAUCAACGGCUCGUUCGCCGACCCUGAUGCCAUUCGCAAGCUGUCGAAAGAAUGCGACAUCGUGACGGUCGAGAUUGAACAUGUCAACACCCAUAUCCUCGAGGAGGUGGCCAAGGAACGCGGUGACGCCAUUCAGAUCCAACCAAGCUGGAAGACUAUCCGGGUCAUCCAGGACAAAUAUCUGCAAAAAGAGCACCUGCUGGAGCAGGGCGUUGAGACUGCAGAAUCGAUUCCUAUUGCGCACAACACCGAGGAGGAAUUGAAAAAGGUGGGCGAGAAGCUGGGCUUCCCGUACAUGCUCAAGUCUCGUACCCAGGCGUAUGAUGGCCGCGGAAAUUUCCCCGUUGAGUCCGCUGCCGACGUCCCUGCUGCUCUUGAAGCAUUGGGCAAGCGCCCCUUGUAUGCCGAGAGAUGGGCCAAUUUCAAGGCAGAGCUUGCAGUCAUGGUUGCCAAGACCAAAGAAGAUGCCUCUGCCGAUGCGUGGGAGCAGUCAACACUCGCAUUCCCGACCGUCGAGACUGUCCACGAGGAGAGCAUCUGCAAGCUCGUCUAUGCUCCUGCACGAAACGUUUCUGAACGACUUGCCCAGCAAGCUCAGAUUCUGGCGAGACGAGCCGUCGCUGGAUUCUGGGGUAAAGGCGUCUUUGGCGUCGAGAUGUUCUUGGGACAGGAUGGAAACCUUUUGAUCAACGAAAUCGCCCCCCGGCCGCACAACUCCGGUCACUACACCAUUGAAGCCUGCCCCGUGUCUCAAUACGACGCCCACCUUCGGGCCAUUCUGGACCUACCUUUCCCCAUCGACGGAACACAGAUGAACACCCCCGACACCAGCGCCAUCAUGCUUAACUUCCUCGGCGGCGCUGAUCCUGACUCCCACUUGACCGUUGCGCGCGAAGCUCUCGUCACCCCCGGCGCUAGUAUCCAUCUCUAUGGCAAGGGCGAUGCCCGUCCCGGCCGCAAGAUGGGCCAUGUGACUGUCCUGGCUGGAUCUAUGACAGAAGCCGAGAAGCGCAUCACUCCCCUGAUCGACGCCGUCGACCGGGUCCGCGCCGCGCGCAAAGACCCCUCCAAGAAGCCCCAAGCUGCUGGCUCUGUUGCCACGCAGCAGCCCAAGUCCACCCAAGCGCCACCGCUCGUCGCCGUCACCAUGGGCUCCGAUUCCGAUCUUCCCGUCCUCAAGCCCGGUAUCGCCUUGCUCCGCGAGUUCAACAUUCCCUUUGAAGUCACCAUCACCUCCGCCCACCGCACUCCCGGCCGCAUGUUCGCUUUCGCACAGGAAGCUGCCGCAAGAGGCAUCAAGGCUAUCAUCGCCGCUGCGGGUGGUGCCGCCCACUUGCCCGGCAUGGUUGCCGCAAGCACGCCCCUUCCUGUCAUUGGCGUGCCCGUCAAGGGAAGCACCUUGGACGGCAUGGACAGUUUGCUCAGCAUUGUUCAGAUGCCGAGAGGCAUCCCCGUCGCCACCGUCGCCAUCAACAACUCCAUCAACGCCGCUCUCCUCGCCAUCCGCAUCAUCGGCUCUUCCGACGUGGCCGUGCUGCAGAAAAUGGAAAAAUACAUGAAAGACAUGGAGAAUGGCGUCUACGAAAAGGUGGACAAGCUGGGCAAUGUCGGCUGGGAGGAUUAUCCUGGCAAGGCUUAAGCCCCUUCCCUCUUUUUCUUUUCUUCCCC